GGGUACCAAAACUGAACAGGUCCGAGCUCGAAACAGCAUGCGAGGAUUUUAGCAACAUUAUAACCAGCGGCGAUUCAUAUAUAGUAUACAAAGGAACACUGUCCAGCGGAGUGGAGAUUGCCGUUAUCUCAACUACUAUAAGUUCUCUGAGUAAUUGGUCUAUGCACUCAGAAACUGCCUUCAGAAAGAAAAUCGAUACGUUUUCAAGAGUGAACCACAAGAAUUUUGUUAAUCUUAUUGGAUAUUGCGAGGAGGAUGAACCUUUCACUCGGAUGAUGGUCUUCGAGUAUGCUCCAAAUGGAACUCUUUUCGAACAUCUUCAUGUUGAAGAAGCCGAUCAUCUUGACUGGCCCGCAAGGAUGAGGACGGUCAUGGGUACAGCGUAUUGUCUUCAGUACAUGCAUGAUUUGAACCCGCCCGUACCACAUUCCAACUUGAAUUCAAAGGCCAUAUUUUUGACCGACGAUUAUGCUGCUAAGAUUACAGAAAUUGAUUUCUGGUCGGAACUAACGGCCAAGUCAAAGUCCUCUAGUGAUGAUUUAGAGAACUCUGAGCUGCCGCCGCUUGCUGAUCCUGAAAUGAAUGUCUAUAGUUUUGGAAUUCUUUUACUAGAAAUUAUUUCUGGAAAAUCGCCUUAUUCAGAAGAAAAAGAGUCUCUUCUGAACUUGGCGGCGAAAUAUCUUCAUGAUAAGCAGAAUAUCAUCUCAUUGGUGGAUCCAACAUUGAAGUCUUUCAAGAAUAAUGAGCUUAUGGUUAUUAGUGAA